AUGUUUCCUUUUACGAUAAAAGUGAAUGUUAUUCUUUUAAUUGUAUUUUUAUUGCAAACUACUGCUUAUGGACAAGAUAGAACGAUCACUUCAAAACUCAAUCCUGGUUGUGAGGACUGUGGUUUAAACUCGACCUUAAUUUAUGUCAAGGCGGAAGGGCUGAAAGAUACUAUACAUCAAAUAUGGGAUUUCACCCAAGGUAUACCUACAAUGAUUUUGGCAGUUGGAGGAGUCAACUCAUCUAUUGAUAUUAAUUGGAAUGGUUCAAAGCCAAAUAAUUUCUCAAUGGUUGGAAAACCACGUUACAGUUGUGCUACAGCUAUUGAUAAGAUUUACGAAUACAACGACUUGGAAGACACCGGGCGAUUCGACGUGAACCAUCCGUAUCGUAUGCAGGCGCUGAAGAAUGUGUCGUGGGAGUUAAAAGAGAGUGUGCUCACCAGUAAAAAGGUCAUGGUGAGGCUGCGUGGAACUCUGCACGAUAAGGAGAGAAGAGGCACUAUCGAUAUGAAGCUGGACUACGUUAACUUCACGGAUUACGCGAGGACCCUGCCCCAUCUCAUCCACAACGCGAACACCACCCUAGUCGACAUCAGCCUGGUGAAUCUUACCACUUCGCGCCAUUUCAACUCGUCGCGCUUCGCAGUACAUUUUGUCCUCGUCUCCAAGGACCCGAAUAACCUGUCCAUGCGUAGCAUCACGAGGAAGAGCUUGGACGAUGAACACACACCUGGCGUGUUCGAGAUAAUCGAGAUCAAGAGCCCGUCGUUGUGGAUCAGCGGUGCCGGGGGCUUCUUGCAGUUCCGUCCCGUGGCGUACGUGGAGAGCAAGCGCAACGUCGGCAGCUCCACUCUGGCACACGUCUCCAAUUUUACCAGGGGUACGCUGCCGCAGUCUAGCACGCUGGAAACAUUCUACGAAGGUUACGAUGAAAAGAAUCUUCUGGUGCAGGACCUAGUCGUGUCUUUCGGAGAGCCGGGUGACGGGUUCUACAAGCAACACAACUACACGGCCUGGUCGUACACGUUGGGGUACGGAUGGCCGCCUUCGGAGAGCUUGUCGCUGUUGGCGGUGCUGAUCAUAUCGCUGGGGCUGUGCGUGCCCGCGGUGCUGGUGGCGGUGGGGGGCGUGCUGGUGGUGGCGCGGCGCCGGUCCCGCCCCCCCACCAGCCCCUCGCACCCCUCCCACCUCACCGACGAGGACUCGCUGGAGCGCAGGUGCAACAGCUUUCGCACCGUCUGA